AUUAAUAGGAUUCGACGUAUGGAAACGAUAUUAACAACAAAACGAGUCGUUUGAUUGAAAUGAAUAUCAAACAAAUGAGAAAAGAAGUCGAAAACAAUACAACUCGUGAGAAGAAGUCUCAGCAAAACGACGCCAAACCCAAAGAAAGCACUGCCAAAGUGUUGAGUCCAUCGCCGGCAGCGGUUCCUCAACGGCGCAGACCAUCGCCAGCAGCGGUUCCCCAACAGCGCAGACCAUCGCCUUCGAGGUCCAGAUCGAGAUCGAGGUCUCUAUCAGAAGAGUCCGAACCGAAACCAAAGCGUCUGAAAAGUGCUGUCGUUUGCGACACCAGAAAAGCUAAAGAUAUUCCCAAAAGUUAUUCUAAUUAUAACGAAAGCUCUGCCAAGAGAUCCGAAUCGCGGAGUAAUCGUUCGGUGACUCCGGAACAGAGAUCCAGACAAUCGAGCCGUUCGUAUAGAUCGCGAUCGCGUUCUUUAAGUUCAAAGCAUUCGCGAACCUCUUCUUCGUCUUCAUCUUCUAGUUCUGCUUCCUCCAAGUCUUCGGCCGGUUCUCGGCAUAAGAGCAGAAGCCCGUCGAUCCCUCGCCGUAAGGGUUCGCCCACGCCCGAAAGCGUCCCAUUCCUUACCGACGGGGCUCACGGACUAGCUCUCAGUCGUCUUCGAGUAGUAGCCAUUCCUCGAGAUCUCGGUCUCGAGACAGUUGGCGAUCGCUAUCCGUAUCGUCUGAUUCAUUGA